AUGGAAUUUCCAAAAACGGUGCUUUCAGAAUCACCAAGGGGCUACAACAUUCUUGAUUUUCAGAGUUCACAGGCUGCCAAUCUCACACCUUACGACGUAGAAACUUAUGGCGAUGGCACAAUUUUGAUCCAGUUAAUAUCUCCUCACAAUUCAAGUUGUGCUGAACCUGUUCUAUUUUUUCAAAUAAUACAUCCGAAUGGGACAAGUUCAUCCAUUUCCAUAAGACCCUCGGAAAUCCCGUUGUUUAAUUUUUGUCAAACGGAGAUCAAUGGGGAGGCUUCUGUUGACCAUAAUGGGACUGUUCAACCGCCGGGUUCUAUAUAUUAUUCCAAAUAUAUGGCGAAUACUGGAUUUUUGUAUGUUGGUUUGCAGAAAAAUACCGGGCAUAUUGCGUGGAGUCAUUUUACCACACCUGAUUUAAUAUACAAUGAUGGAGGCAGCUCAGUAGCCGUCACAUUUUCCGGUUUCCCCGGUGCUUCCGGUGGAUUCGGCUUGGUGGUGUCGCGUGUCUACGGUCGCGAGCUACCUUACGAUCUCGUCUCCUCCACACAUAGUUCACCACCAACAUCAGAUCCCUCCAUGAGUAAGUCGAGUUCCGUGGAUGAUCCAGUAGAUAUUCAUUUAAAGGUCACCGCAUCAUUCAUAUUUCCUUAUGGUGCGGGCAUCACGACACAGUUCGUGAUCUAUUCGAAUCCGUUCCCGGAUCUGGACGUGCUUGCGAUGACUUGCAAUGUGGAUCACGGAGGAGAUGGGAAUGUGUGUCAGUUGUAUCUUUUGCGUAAGGGAAACGUAUCAGAUCCAUAUGCUUUGAAGAUUGUCUUCCAGUCCAUUGGGACGGUAAGGUUGAUACAAGAAAUUUACGCGGAAAACGUGGUAAACGCUGAUAACGUACGGAUUAAUGCAUUGAUCAACGAAGGGACCUUACCACAGCCAGUGAUGCUACCUUCAAACCCCCAUGUGUACGACUUGCUUCCGAAUGAUACAAUGGUUUCCCUGGCACUGGACAAUACAACGAAUAGAAUAAUAUUAGUUUCAUCCGACUUGACAAAACGAUAUUCGUCAGACCCAUACUCCAACCCUCAAAUAAAUUCUACCUAUCCACAUACGAAUGCUCAAAUCUCCUUCCGUAGCACUCGCCUGAAUAUCACCUAUCAGAACCCCGUUUCGCUCUCAACGCAAAACAUCAGCGUCUUCCGAUCUACCGAAGCAAGCAACGGAACUGAUCUACUUAGACAAACCUACUCUGGCCAAUCGGGUUUUUGUGAAUUAAGUAAGGACCGAAGAACAGUCACCAUCACCGUAUUCGGCUCAACAUUCAACGAACCCAACACCAAGUAUUAUGUUGCGAUUGACCCAAAUUUCGUGGUGUUGAACAUGUCGAAUGAACCCCUCUUGGGUGUACGAAAAGGAGUUUGGAAUAUGCGAACAGGCGAAGCCGGGAAGGAACUUUAUUCUGGUUUGUUACUAGAAAAUUCGAGGCAACCUGCGAGCACAAAUUUCUUCAAAACCCUUUCUUCGGCCGAUCAAUUUACGUUCUUCGCUUCUAUCAGUUCAGAACUUGCACAAAUAAUUCCUACCGGGGAGAACCAGUUGCUUCCAUUAAAUCGAUAUCAAUAUGACGCCACUUCGAACGGAAUAAUUUUCGCUAUCUCCAUUGCAGAUACCGCCAUUCUAUCUGAACAGAAUUCUUUUCACGUACUUGAAGACUUGAAUACUUUGAUUGUCGAGAGAGACUUUACGGCUAUUUCGAAGAUGAAAAAUGCGAAUGACUUGUGGAAGAAAAAUAAGAACGAAAUCAUAGGUUUCUCUUCCGGACUCGCGUUAUUGGCAUUGGUAUUUUUUAUUUCCUAUCGCAAGAACCGUCAGGCUCAAAAUGGCGUGAUACUUAAAUUCACUCUGAUAGUGUUUGGCUUUUGUCUCAAUGUCAUUUUCACUUUUACAAGCGCUCGUAAUAUUGAAAUCCUUUAUAUUUCAAGUUUGUCGAUCCUCGUUGUUGUAUUCGUCCUGGAAGAAAUCUCCGGGAUUCUCUUAAUAGUCCAAGAUGUCAACGCGAACUCUCAAUUUUACGAUUGGUUCAAAAGUAAUAUCCCUGUCGUUACGAUAUUCACAAUAUUAUCCGAGAAAGCGCGGGAUAGUUUUUUGCGGAUGGAGAUGGUUUCGUUUUUAGCGAAGGAUGUCCCACAACUUGUUAUCCAGAACUGGUAUGCGAAAAGAAGACAUCGGAACAGAUCUAUUGGUGUUCGUGGGAUCUCCGGUGGCGGCGUUGACGAUGAUAAUGAGCACGACAAACAUUUUACAAAGUUUGGUGACACUGAAAAAAAUGACAAUAUUGAAUACGGGGCUACAGGAGAAACGGAGACAAGAUUAACGCCUGAGGACAUUGGUGAUGUAGGAGUUGCGUUAAGGGAAAUCAGUAGUGGUGAAAGGAAAGGGGUUUACGUCAAGGGAAAUGUGAACGUUCGUUCUUUUUCUAGUGAUAUAAUCGUCACGAAAUCUCCAUUGAUGGAGGUGGCAGGGGAGAAAAGGUCAAUUAAGACGACGGUGAUCGAAGAGGAGAGGGUGAUGGAAGGAGGGAGGACGACGGUUGAGUCGACGGUGGUAAAAGAGGAGGAGACGACAACUGACAUGACGUAG